AACAACAUUAUCGAAUAAGAAAAGCUCCGAGAAAGAAAACCCCCUCAAAACUACCUACAAGAAGAGAAAACACAGAAACGUCGAACAAUGUCUUCCUCUUCUGCAAAAGGCUCCUCCUCCUCCAACAAACAAAAUGUCAAACUGGCCAACAUCCCCAUUCAUGACACCGGCUACGGUCUCAUGGGACUCACCUGGCGUGCCAACCCCGUCUCGCAAUCACAAGCUUUUGCCGCCAUGAAAGCGGCUCUGAACAGCGGGGCAAAUUUCUGGAACGGAGGAGAAUUCUACGGUCCACCGACGCGCAAUUCGUUGCAUUUGCUCAAUGAGUACUUCACGGCCAACCCGGAAGAUGCGGAUAAAGUGGUUAUUUCGAUUAAAGGAGGCGCGAAACCGGGUACAUUGUUGCCAGAUGGGAGUGCGGAGAAUACGAGGAGGAGUAUUGAAGAGUGUUUGAAGGUGUUGGAUGGGAAGAAGAAGUUGGAUUUGUACGAGACUUCGAGAGUGGAUCCCGAGGUGCCGAUUGAGAUUUGGGUCAGGACUGCAAACGAGUAUGUCAAAGCGGGCAAGUUGGGAGGCAUUUCAUUGUCCGAGUGUAGUGCGAAUUCUAUUCGAAGAGCUGCUAAAGUGGCUAAAAUUGACGCUGUGGAGGUAGAGUUCUCGCUGUGGGCCACUGAGAUUUUGGAAAAUGGUGUUGCUGCGGCUUGUGCGGAGCUGGAUAUCCCAAUUGUGGCCUACUCGCCUCUGGGUAGAGGCUUCCUGACUGGAGACAUCAAGAAGCCGGAAGACAUUCCAGAAGACGAUAUGCGCAGGCAUAUGCCUCGCUUCCAACCCGAGAACUUCGGUCAGAACCUGAAGCUUCUCACGGAAGUUGAGAAGCUUGCGCAGAGGAAGGGUGUCAAGCCAGGUCAACUUGCUAUGGCUUGGGUGAGGGCACAGUCAAGCAAGCCUGGUAUGCCAAAGUUCAUUCCAAUUCCUGGUGCAACCACUCCGGAGAGGGUCAAGGAGAACAUGGUCGAGGUGGACCUCAGCGAGGCGGAUAUCAAGGAGCUUGACAGUCUCAUUGCGAGUUGCACAAUCGUUGGUAGGAGGUAUGGCCAGGGAUCACACCUGGAGUUUGGUGAUUCGCCUGAGCUCAAGGAGUAGUUUAACUGAGUAGGGUCAAGAGGUAGUUAUUCCGUGACACGAUCUCUGCUGUCCUCCCCGGGCAUAAGUCCAUCAUCUCAUUGGCCGACACCAUGGACCUUCAAUAGCAAGUUGCUGCUGAAUGCACACUGUAUCCGAACCCCCAUCUCAGCCGGCGAUGUUCGUGAUGUUGGGCGCUUCAUACGUCUCCAGCUGUCGCGUGCCCUUUCUCAACAGAAACUCAAUAGAGCCAAAGUCUUUUCUGUCCAUGUGCAAAUGCUUCUCAAACUCUCGUCGGGCAAAGCUUUCAAAGUUGGGACGAGUUUCUGUCGGUUUCUUUCGCGCUGCUCGUAAGCAGUUGCGGUAGAGGGCGAGGACAUCUCGUUGCAGGCCGGAAAGACGCGCCAUGGUGAGAUUUUCUGCGAUUAUGGGACGAUGGUGAUAUGAAGGAUGAUGGUGGGCGCAGGUGGCGAUGAAGACCGCAUUGC